GACUUAAAGAAAAAAAUUGACACUCCUGGACCCGUUUAAAUCCGCAUGUGUCCGGUAUGUUGGCCCGUUCCACAGAGGAAAGAGAAAAAAAGUGACACUCCCUAUUCUACCCUUCCUACAAACGCUCAUGGAGCAGUGAAUUUGAAAUGGGGGGAGGGUUUUUUCCUCCCUGCUAUUAUUUGUUUUUAAUUUAAAAAGAUACAACAACUGUACUUAGUGUGAUUGGUUAUGAUCCUUGCUUUUCUUUAAAAUGGUCAUGGUUCGAAUUCCAGUAUGUUUCUUUUUAAUGAAUAAAAAACAAGUAAUUGUGAAGACCAAAAUGUCCUUCCUACUUUCACUCUCGUUGCAGGAAAUUUGAAAUGGGCUCCCGUUUUUCCCUUCGGUGUAUUAUAUUAUGUGUAGACUCAAAAUUAGGGGUAGCAGUCGGUCGGUUUCGGUUAAACCGAACAUUCCCCCAUGUCUGCCGGCCACCGACCGUGAGAGGAGGUGCGGUUAGCCGACCAUCGACCGGCCGGUUUUCGAUUUUGGUUCAGUUAUACCGCAACAACCGAAUUUAUUAAAAAAACAAAAGGCCAAUACCCAACCCUAGCCCCGCCCACGUUACCUCUCUCCUCUCCCAAUACCCACCCACCCCACCCCACCCACUUCUUCUUCUUCUCUCCUUUCCCUACCACUAAAUUCUUAUCUUCUUCUUUCUCCUUCUCUCUCCUGCUUUCCUCCAAAAAAACCACCAGAGGGAGACCAGCCCUUUUCUUCCUUCUAUCUCCUUCCUCCAUUUCAUUGCAGAUUUACUUCCUUCCUUCCUUCUCCGCCAUCCAAACCCACAAGCCACAACCCACUAAAUUCUUAUAUUCUUCCUCAUUCUCGCUCCUUCUCUCUCCUGCCUUUCUCCAAAAAGAACCACCAGAGGGUCGCGGAUGGGAGAUGGCGAUGCCUGGGGUCGCGGAUGCCUCGGGUCGUCGGGGAUGCCUAAGGUCGCGGAUGCCUGGGGUCGUCGGAGUCAUCGGGGAUGGGAGAUGGCGAUGCCUGGGGUUGCGGAUGCCUGGGGUCGUCGGGGAUGGGAGAUGGCGAUGUCGGAGAGGAAUCGGCGAGGAGACGCGCAGUGCCCGGUCGUUGAGGAGGGCGGGGAGGGGAGACAGAAUCAUCGGGGAGGGUGGCUGGGAUUUGGAUGGCGGAGGGCUGGGAGAGAAGGGCAGAACAGAAGGAUUGGGAAUUGGGAGAGGUGAAUUAGGGUUGGGGUUUUAUUAAAAGGAUGGCUGGCCGGUUAUGUUCGGUUAGUCGGGUAACCGCGGUUAAUUAUCCUCGGUUACUCGGCUAGCCAAAAACCAGCUUUAUUCUACCGAACACCGACCGAGGCAAAUAAACGUCGGUUUUCGGUUAGCUACUAACCGGCGGUUAUCGGUUGAACAGGUCGGUUAGCCGCUAACCUGAAAACCGAACUGCCACCCCUACUCAAAAUAAAGGAUAAAAUGUUCUUUUAUUAAUAAUAUUAUUAAAAUCACAUGGAUAUGCUGACAUUGCUGCUAUUUGCUCGAUGUUCGAGUUCAUUAUUGAGCAUGAUCCAUUGAUUACAAAAGGAAGCCUUGAUAAAGCAAAAUAUGGCAAUAGCUAGUGUCUUGAAUAUUCAUUACAAGGCAGAGAUUGGAUAUCAACCGUAAGGUAGCCUUGAUCAGCUCCCUUUGCCGUCUCCGUCAAGUUCGUGUAAAACUGUAUGGCCCAACAUUGGACCCUUUCUGCUGCAAUCAUCUUCCAAAAGUCUGACGGUCGUCUGAGUCCCAGUUCCACGUCUUGUGACCUACCAAAUUACAUGCGCACAGUUAGUACCAUAAUAAUAGGAUAAAUACAAUUUAAUAGCCAAACUUUUCAUUCUAAACAAUAUAAUAACCAAAUCUUUUCGAAAAUAAUUUAAUAUCCAAACUGUUAACUUUCCGUCCGAUCGUCUAUUAGUUGACUCCAACAUGACAAUUAUAUCGCUGAGUUGGAUGUCAAUUAGGACGUGGCAAAAAGUCAACCAUUUGACUGUUCCACAUAAAUAUUUAUUAAUUUAUAUAAUUAUUAUUUUGAUAAAAUAAACUAAAAAUAAACAAAAGUUAUCCACUCUUUUGCGUAUUCUUCUUCGAUCAUCUUCUUCCUCAGCAAUUGCAAUUGACCGCCGAACUUGGUCCAUCAAAUUAAGUUCCAGAAUCCCACAGAGUAAUCAUAAUCCAGUGAGCAACCAGGAAACAACAAGGGUCGCGAAGCCCAAUAUAAAGGUUGAAUCUUAUUAGUCCCCCUCUCUCGAGCGAAAGGAAUUUCGGAACGGGCGGCGGCCGGGGAGAUCUUCUAGAAAGGGUGAGGAGGAAGAAAUGGAGGAGCGCGACUGUUUGGUGGGACUAGAAGGAGGAGGAAGGAAAAAGAACAAGUGUGAAGGCGGUGAAGGGGAUUUCUCCUGCGCGGAGCAGAGAAUAGGAGACUAUAAUAUAGAUCUGGGUUUUUAGAUUUGGAAUUCGAGAGCUACUCUUCGGGCGAUGGUCUCCACAAGCUUUCCCCGUUCCACCAAGGGUAACCGAACCCCCUUCCUGAUCCUCGCCGCCGGGUGAAUUUCAACCGCAAAAAUGACCAAUUCUUGUGAGCCACUCGAUGCGCGCGCUUGAGAAGGAAACGCAAUUGGGAUCGCCAACGCGUGCGACACGGCGCAGAGGUCAGCGACGACGACACGCGGAGGUCAGCGACGGCGGCGCAGAGAGAAGCAUCCAAGGAGAAUGUGUUGAAGAAGAGGUCGUAGUCUCGUAGAGG